AAACAGUUCCCAACAAAAGUCACUUGUGAUGGUGAGCGGAUGCAAAGAGGGCAAAAGUGUUAUUUCAACUCUUCACAAAACCCAUUUUCUCUUCUUUCCACCUUUCCCCAAAAUCAAACCAACAAAAUUUUCUCAUUUCUUUGCUUUACUUUCUUUUCACACACCCUUUCCAUUGUACCAAAGACUAACAGAUAACACAGCACAAUAGCUGCUCAAGAAGACCUUCAUAUUCUCUGAUUGGAGAGAGACACAGAGAGAUGGAAAGUGUGAAUGGGAAGAGAGAACAGGAAGAAGCAGGGCCUUCAGAUGGAACCAAACAAGAAAUGACUGAGAAAGUGAGUGAUGCUUUGGAUGAUGGUAAAGUGGAGGAGGAAGAAGUCGACGAGGAGGAAGAAGGAGGCAUUGGAGUUAGUAAAAAUGGUUUCUUUGUUCCUGGGCCUCUUGUUUCUCUCAGGGAGCAGAUCGAACGGGACAAGGAGGAUGAAAGCCUAAGGAGGUGGAAGGAGAAGCUGCUGGGUUGCUUGGAAAGUUUAGAGGGUCAAUUGGAUCCUGAAGUGAAAUUCCACUCCAUAGGAAUCAUUUCUGAGGAUUUUGCUGAAAUUGUUACUCCUUUACCUGUGGACGAAAGUCGGAAUGGUUGUACUCUAUUCACUCUCCGAGAGGGAUCUCGCUAUCAGCUUAAGCUAAAAUUUAGUGUUCUGCACAACAUUGUGUCUGGUUUGACAUACUCCAAUACUGUGUGGAAAGGAGGGCUUCAAGUUGAUCAGAGCAAAGGAAUGUUGGGUACUUUUGCUCCUCAAAAGGAGCCAUAUGUGUAUACCUUGAAGGAGGACACCACUCCCUCUGGUGCACUUGCAAGGGGUGUUUAUUCAGCCAAACUAAAGUUUGAAGACGAUGAUAGAAGGUGUCACAUGGAACUCAAAUAUUUGUUUGAGAUAAAAAAGAGCAGCUAGUCCGGUUUUUCUGACACUGUUUUUAUGUUAUGUAUCCUCCUAAAGCCCUUAAUUUUAUUUCUGAAUAUAUGUUAUCGAUGCUACAGCUUUUUAUUUGUUUUCUAAUACACAGAAAGGGAAUGGACUCUUAUGAAA